CGAGAAACCGAGGGGCCUGGGCUCUGAAUUUUAUUAGCAAUUUUUUUUUUUCCACAAGGCCAGAAAAGUUGGCAAGAGAACAAGUUUAACUACCGUCAAACAUCAGCGGUCUCUGCCUUCGGAUUCCUGAGUGGAGUGCCUGUGCAGGAACUUGGCUCCGGAAUUGUGUGACACCAGCAUGGAGAGGAGUUCCGUUGGGGUUGGAGAGACGUAUUUCUGGGUACUGGCACCAUCACAGUCAGCACAACCGUUGAAGUUUACUACCUCGGACUCCUGUGAUCGAAUCAAAGAUGAGUUUCAGUUUCUGCAGGCGCAGUAUCACAGCCUCAAGUUGGAAUGUGACAAACUGGCCAAUGAGAAAACAGAAAUGCAACGUCACUACGUCAUGUACUACGAAAUGUCAUACGGGCUGAAUAUUGAAAUGCACAAACAGGCUGAAAUCGUCAAAAGAUUGAACGGGAUCUGUGCUCAAGUCAUUCCCUUCUUAUCUCAGGAGCAUCAGCAACAGGUGGUUCAGGCGAUAGAACGUGCGAAGCAAGUGACAGCCCCAGAGCUUAACACUGUCAUCAGGCAGCAGCUCCAGGCACAGCAGCUGUCCCACCUGCACGGGCUGACGGUGCCGCUGACCCCUCUCCCCGCUGGCCUGCAGCCCCCGGUCAUCCCCUCGGUCAGUGCCAGCGCCGGGCUCCUGGCCUUGUCCAGCGCCCUGGGCUCCCAGAUCCACCUCACCACGAAAGACGACAAGAACCACCACGACGGAGACCACCAGAGAGACGAGGGGGUGCAGAAACCCGACUAACUGAACCCCCUCCCCCCCAUUCCCUCCUUUGACCCCAAACUGCGCCCCCCACCCCCUUACAUACACACUUGCCCCAUCUUUAAGCUCCUCCCUCUCCCCAUACCGUCGUUCCCCGCCACAACCCUCAAAUGGUCUUUGAUGUUCGUUUUAAUGCCUGUAUAUUUCUGGGAGGGUGGCGGGCGAUAUUUUGUGCUGUGUGUGUUAUUGAGGAGAGCGAAGUCAACGUUAACAGCCGCAGUGUUAUCUCUGUCAGCACGCACGGGCGGCCUUGCUUUGUCGGGACGUGACGAGGGGGGGUCGGGAGGGAACAUCUUGGCUCGGGCGAGGGCUCGUGGACUCGGUGUGUGGUCACUGGUGCAAUCUCUCACCAACCUCUACUUCAGAUUGAUUGGAGCCGCAGGUCAUCAAAUUGUCCUCUGUUCCCCCCCCACUCCCUACCUUUUUGACCCCCAUGGACCCCUUGAACUGGGUCACCAAGAUUGCAGUGACUGUCGUUGUUAUAUCCUCUCCCCGACACCCCCCCCAACUAUACACUAUCAGCCACAGUUAGCGAGCGAGCUGUGGGAGUCAUCAAUAGUGAGGAGAAUGGGGUUUGUAAACUCUAAAAAAAAACGUGCGUGGAAACGGUCGGCUCAUGCUCGAGCACGCAUGAACACAGACACGCGCUCACACACACACACUGACUCGCGUGCACUCGCGCUCACGCAUCGCACGCAUCCAACAUUGACACACUCGCCCGUACAGACCCUACAAUGAGCGCCACGUCUCACUCGUGCACUCGCCCAGUCUCCCACACGCGCUCACAAAAUCUGGCACAGGCACCCGCGCGCAAAUGGAACCGAAUCCAAGGAUAACACUUCAAAAGGGCGUAGAUAGAGUCUUCGUUAACAUGAGAUCAUUGUUUGCAAUUAAGGGCGUGGCUCGGAGUGGCCUAACGAGGCAGUCAAGGUGGGGAGGUCACCAGAAACGAUCUGACACAUUCUCAACAGCUAUUAUGCACCAUGUGUAAACACUGUUAAAUAUUAUGCGCCAUGUGUAAACCAUGUGUAAGCACUACUGUACUUUGUGCCAGAGGGGGGGGGAAAUCGACGUGCCCUUAAUAAAGUAAUUAACAACCCA